AUGUCGCAGAUCCCCGUGGCGAUUCUGGGCGACAUCCCGCGCGACACGAUGGUGUGCGACAGCAUGGCGGUGCAGCAGCAGUGCAACCAGCUUCUUGACGACCUCGUGUGCGCUGCAACGUGCGACCCUUACGCCGGAAGCUACGUGACGGCGAACGACUUCGUGGGGUCGACGGAGGUGGCCGUAUGCUUGCGAGAGGCGGAGGCCGUCUUUGAAGCGUGCAAGAGCAUCCUGUUUAUCUCCACAUCAAAAGGCGCGACACUUGACCUCACGCCCUACUUCCCCGACUCGCGCACCUUCAUGACUCAAAUCGUGGGGGGAAUCUUGCGGGUCGUCAUGGGCAACGACAAGGUCCAAGUCGUGCUCUCCAGCACCAACUGCAUUGCAGGCAACACCAACGUCUACCCCGAGGCCACAUCCUGCUCCGCUUCUCCUCCUGCUGCUGCAGCUUUUAUCUCCGUUAUAAACUGCCUCGUUUGCGGGGUGAUGGCACUGCUCGCGCCUACACUCUUUCUCUGA